CCACGACUUACCGACGAGCUCCAAGUGAAGCUAAUGCAGAGAUUCUGUAUCCCCCGCUAAUGCUCCCCGGAUUUUAGCCGUAUGCGAUCCCAGCCUCCAGCUUCAUAAUCUUAUCUCUUAAUUCUGGGGAUCCCCCGUUCCGAACCAAUUCAUGUCCAUUCCGAAAAUCCAUCCUCUCCCGACCCAACAACGAACGACAUUCCCUUCGGAUACGGAACUGGACUACACAUGGAGCCUCCACGACGAGAUGACGGUGUCUCUGCUAAUCGCCAGAGUGGGGCCAAACGCCUCAAGAUUGAUGUCGCUUGCGACAACUGCAGAGCCAAGAAGGUCAAGUGCGACGGUGUGCGACCAGGUGAGACAAACGCUCAGCCCCAGGAGGGCACAAAGGCUAAGAGGCUGUAGUCUGUGGCUCCUGUAGUAGGAAGUUGGCUUUGAGGGACAAGUGCAACUUUAGCGCUAGUUCGACUGCCUUCAUACAGCAUCGCCCGCCAAUAGCAGCGCCUUUCACUGCAGCUCAGAAUGGACGUCCUGUUGCUCCUCCAGCACCAGCAUUGCCGGUGCAAAGGCAGGGUAGUUCUCCUUCUAUGGCAAGCCCACCUGUUCCGAUCUUACCAGCGGUGAACACAUACGAGCCUCAACCGCGAAGGUCUAUGCCUCUGUCCCUGCCGCCACCACCGCCAAAUCAUCACUCCCCAGUGACAUCUACCCCCGGCAGCGGUGCCAGGCCGGACUCACACAGUGGCCAACGCAAUGUCGGAGCUUCAGUUUGUUCAAACAGUCCUUCUGCUGUUGACUCCAUGACGGCGGUCAUUGAUGAGGGUACCAGUACUGAGGAAUUCUUCGGUAAAAGCAGUGCUGGGUCGUUUACAGCUCAGAUCAAGAAAGCUAUAGACGUGAGGCUGGGUAAACCCCCUAGCUCGAGUGAUAAUGCAUCAAGUACAUCUAGGUCAGCUGGUGUUAUGGGCCCUGCCUCAGUCACAUCACCAGACUUCUCAUACGUUCUACCUCCUCGGAGGCAGGCGGAUCAUCUAAUAGAGCUGUACUGGUUCUAUGUUGACCCGUUGUAUCCGUUUCUGGAUAGAAACCGAUGGACUCGUGCUUAUAAUGCGAUAUUCUCUGGGACGACGAUGGACUUAAAUGAGCGUGUCUUUGUCGCUACACUGAACGUCAUCUUGGCUCUGUCUACACAACUUGUGGAAUCGCAUUCGUUAGAACAGCGAGAACAGUCGAGUGAGACAUACUUCCAGAGGGCCCAGGAGCUGUUGCCUAUGAGUCCCUGGGAGCCUGGAUCUCUCGAGCUGGUGCAGUGCCUACUAGUAACGAGCCAGUAUCUUCAGAGUACAUAUAAUCCUCAUCAGACAUGGAUGGUUAUUGGCUCCGCCAUCAGGAUGGCUCAAGGGUUAGGACUUCACCUGCCCGAGACCUCGGCGAAUCGCUCGAAUCCUGGUGAGCGAGAGCUGUUGCGCAGGAUAUGGUAUGGAUGUGUUCUGAUGGAUCGCAUGGUGUCUGUGACCCAUGGUCGCCCUGCUAUGAUCUCCCAGCAUCCUGCAAAGGAUGUACCGUUGCCAGCUGAAACUUCAAACGCCCAGAAUGGAAUGCAAGGCUUGGAAUAUUACAGCUUCUUCGUGAGAUCAGUGCGACUUUACGAGAUUAUCCACAAGACCAUGAUUGCCUUCUACGACGGCUCACAGGGCAAUCGGCCAAAAGAGAAGGAAUCCCACUUUGACCUUGAGGGCUUGGACGUUGAGGAUGAAGACCUCGAUAGAGUGGUGCAAUUGGAUCGCUGUAUCAGCAGAUGGCAGUCAAAGCUACCAGAUCAUCUAAGAUGGGAGUUGUUGGAGUUAAAUAAGGACGAGAUAGCACGUCGACAAGCCGUGAUCCUUCGCAUGAGAUUCCUCCACGCACGUAUCCUGUUGCUAAGGCCAGUCCUAUCUAGAUUCUGUCUCACCCAGUCUCCCCAAGAUAAGAAGCCCAUGGACGACAACUUGCAAGCUCGGGUUGUUCAACAGGGCGCGAUGUUCUGCGUCACGACAGCUCAGAACAUGAUCAACACUCUGGUGAAGCACCAAACACUAGAUAGCACUGUUGGUCUGCUUCCGGCAUGGUGGUAUCGAGUAUACUAUAUCUACUCCGCUGCUACAGUGCUGAUCGCCGCCAAACUUCGACCAGAUGUUUUCUCGGCCGCGGAAAUCGGAAGAUCUUGGGGUCAAGCUAUCUCAGUGCUCAAGGCUCAUGAGCAAUUCGGCCAGUCUCCCCGUAGAUGCGUGGCGGCUUUACAUAUUCUUUCAUCAAAGAUCUUGCAAGCGACGCCUCGUGGCUCACCAGGACGUGAGACGGGGAACAACAGCAGACCCGGAGAAGGGAAUAACACAAGCCUCCCUCAGCAACCGAUGGCAAACAUGGAGGUUCCUGAUCUGGUUCAGCAACUUGCUGAAGAGUUCCAAACCCCGAUACCGGACUUCAAUCCUCAGGAACUUGCGGCUUUCAAUUUGGAUGUAAAUGAUAUGUCAUGGCUGAACGAUAUCCAAGGAGUUUGGGAGCUUUUGAACGAAUAACACAAUGGAAAAGUUGCUUCUAUGUCUAUUACCCAAAUACCAUGUUUUAAUCUACCUAUUACUCGAACACCAUCUUGUUCUUGACACUUCCCAACUCGGUGAUGCUAACCUCCACAACAUCACCGUCAUUAAGAUACUUAGGCUCCUUCAUUCCCAUGGCGACGCCACACGGUGUUCCUGUGAGAACAACAGUUCCAGCCUCAAGUGUUGUGCCUUGGCUGAUGAAGCUGACAAUUUCCUCAACCCCGAAAAGAAGAUCAUUCGUACCCUCGCUUUGUCUCUCCUCACCGUUGACAGUUGUUCUCAAGUGCAGCUUGGAAGCGUUGCCAACAACAGCAGGAGAGACGAGAAGAGGCCCAAUGGGGGCGAACUUGUCGAAACCCUUGCUGAAGCACCACUGGGGAACACCGCCGGCCUUCUUGGGGUCUCGUUGCCAUGCUCGAGCGGAGACGUCGUUGGAGACGACGUAGCCUGCUACGUAGGAGAGAGCGUCUUCUUUAGUGAUGUUCUUGCCAGACUUGCCAAUCACAAUGCCC